GAAGCCCUAAGCAUUCCGGCUAAUGCGUUCGCACCACCGCCUUAUUUUGCUCCCAAAUCAGCGGAGGAGGCGAAGCCUAAGCCGCCGGCAACAUCUGUCAUCAAUACUGCGGAUGCCGCUGCAACUAGCGUUGCCAACGUCAAUGACGGCGGGAAGGAGGAUGAAAAACAGUGCUCCCCUUCAGGUCCUAGCAUUGUCUGAAGCGGAACCCCUUGAACGGAGCGACGGAUUUUCGCUUGUCUGGUUGUGUGCAAGCUGUCGGAUGCACCCAACCACAAAAUAUCCCACUGUCUUCACUCUAUGUCAACAUUUCGUUCUCCACUACUGCUACUCUGUCGUAGAUUCAAACUGCUGUUUUCUCCCCUUCAUAUGA